AUGGGUGCGAGAAUGAGGGAGCUCAGUUUCAAGGUUGUGCUUCUCGGCGAGGGCCGUGUUGGGAAGACGUCGCUGAUUUCGCGCUAUGUGCACAACGCGUUUGAUGAAAAAGAGGCAAGCACGGUGCAGGCGAGCAUGUACAGCUCCAGGGCGGUCCCCAUCAAUGACCCUAGCAGUGCCCCCGGGGCCAUCCGAGAAGUAGACUUGGCGUUGUGGGACACGGCGGGGCAGGAGCGUUUCCACGCACUCGCGCCAAUGUACUACCGUAACGCCGAUGGGGCCAUCAUCGUGUACGACGUCACCGAUGCUGACACGUUGCGCAAGGUACGCACAUGGGCCAAGGAGCUCUACGCCGUUGUGGGGGAGGGCAACAUACAACUCGUUUUGUGCGGGAACAAGGCGGACACCCCGUUGGCAGAGAGGGAGGUGAGCGAGGGCGAAGGGGCGGCUAUGGCGGCCGAGCUUGGCGCCUCGCAUUUCUUCGCAAGCGCAAAGACGGGGCAAAACGUAGCGGAAGUGUUCAGUGCGAUGGCGACACAGGUUGUGCGCAGUCGCGAGGCCACCGGGAUGGGGGUUGGUGUUGCUGCUGGUAGCAGCAGUGGCAGCAGUGGUGGGGGUGCCUACGCUGGGAUCAGGGGUCGCACACCGUCACGCUCGCGUGCACGGCGCGGGCUGAUGGUGGUGACGGAAGACGGGGAGGCGGUGACUCCAGGCCGCAGCUCCCCGAGCGAAGGUCGCGUGUACGGCGGCAUCACCCCACCCCGGGUCCACCGCUACGGAAGCAGUGGCACCAACCAGGCCAUCACACUUAGCGCCAACGGAUCCCCUGACGCAGCGGCGACGGCGAAGAGGAGCGGCUGUUGCUGA